UAUUUGCCACCCGCCAUAAAAAGCAACAGAAGAAGAAGAAGCCGGCAGUCCAUUGGGUAUUAUUUCCCGUGACGUCAUUUUUCCUAGCCAAUCAGGUUGGUUCUGUCACCCGGGAGCUGUUGCGGGAAGUAACAGACUCAAACGAGCAACAAGUGUCCUGUUGGGAGGAGAGAAAGCGGCCAAAGUAUUUCUGUAAUUCGUCUGGGUUCCCAUUGGCUGAUGGGGUGGACAGUAUCCCUAUGUCUCACAGACUGACCAAGCAGGAGCUGGAUGAACAGUUUGAGCUGUUCUUGAAGGAGUCCGUUUCAGAUGACUCUGAGAAGCAGCACGGUGCUAAAAGCAGCCAGAGAUCCGCCCAGAAAGCCGCAGCGCCCUGGUGGCAAGAUGAGGAACACAGCGGUGGAGGAACCGGGAGAGGACUGCUGGGCUCCGGGAAGACUUUCAGGAAGUCUUUGAGGAGGUCUGUUGCACUGGAGGACGAGGAUCCAGGAGAUGCUGGUUUGAAGGGAGACGAGCUGAAGGCAGCUGCAUUCGACGGAGACGGCACGGAGCUCGAGGCUGCUAACACGACGGCCAUCGGCUUGGAUACGAUCGAGGAAGAAGAGGAGAAAGCCAGGUUCUUUGCCCAACUAGAGGCAGGAGCGCUAACAACUAUCGAUUACUCCAUUCUGAACAGAGAGCUGGACUCAACUACUUCUAACCUCAGGCUUGGAGGUAAUGAGGAUGAAUGUCGUCCCUCCAGGAGAGCUGAGGAAGCCGUGGAGCAGAGUGAUGAUGAUGAUGGUGAUGAUGAUGAUAAUGAAGAAGGGAAGACCAGAGUCCCAGAGGCGGUCAGAGAGUCUCCAGGAUCUCCAAAUUACAGUGAAGAUUUUGAGGAAGAGGCAAACGGAAAAGAGCUUUCGAAGGAGAAGUCUAAAAUGUCUCUAAUUCUUGCCAAAGUGUCUCUCCAUGAUUCCCUGGAUGACACCGGGGGAGGAGAGAGAAGAAAGGACACAGCAGGGUCACUGGACAGAGGCCAGUCGUACGUGCAGAGUAGAGCCUCAGACAUGGAGGCUCUGCAUGAGGCCUACAGACAGAUCCACGCCGUGGAAGAUUCAGAAGACCAUCAUCUCCAUCGUUCGUCUGUGGAAGGGAGGGGGCAGAGCAACAGACCGGUGUCUACAUCCUCUUCUCCUCCUCAUCAUCAUGCCACACAGUCUCUUCAGCCGGCUUCAACCAACGAGUCAGAGCUUCCAACGGUAGAAGAGUUGAUGAGACCCAUCCGACCUGAGAGGGACGAUCUCAGAGGCUUCACCCUCCAGCCAGUGGGUGCUGUAGAACUGGAGGACCAAGAAAAGACACCGCGCUUCUUGGAAAGGACGUUCUUAGCUGUGACGCCGACAGACUCGCGACUGCAGGGAGCAGACCAGGCCGACCCCGUCGCCGGGAUACGGGCAGCCGGGGGGCUGACCGCCCCCCCGUCCGGCUCCCCGGACCCUCGCAACCUGACGUGGAGCAUCAGACAGGAAGUAGAGAAGCUGAUGGAGGAUCAGAACAAACCCUCUUCCACGUCCUCUCAGGCUGGAAAAGCUAAGAAACCACAGGCCUCGCAUGGAUCGGCUGCCUCUCUGUCCUCUACGACGUCUUCAGCGAGGAAACCCACCGGGGCCCCUGUGAGAGGCAGGAGAGUGGAGGGCAGGACAUCCGGGGCCCCGGGGCCGAGUAGAGCUGCUGCGUCAGCCACGAGCCGGCCUUCUGUUUCACGUCCUCUGCAGCAUCCACGGGAAAAAGCCAAAGUUACAAAGAGUCCAGAAAAAGAGGACAACACAGCAGAGCCGGGGCUGAAGGUGAGCAGCGAGCUGGUGGCGUCCGUUCAGUCCUUGGUGGCCGUCCUCCAACAGCAGAUAGACACCAGCGGUCACCGGGACGAUGCCGCAGACGCACCGGAAGUCACCGGAGAUCGGCUUCCAGAUAACAGGGAGGAGGGGGACCUCGGCUCUCUGGUGGAGGAGCUGAGAGGCCAGCUGGCUCACAAGGAGAGGGAGCUGCAGAUGAUGAAGGGAGGAGCAGAGGAGCUCAACUCCCUCCGACAGCAGAACUACCUUCUGCACAGCAAGCUGAGAAGCGCAGAAGAAGCCAGUCAGAAGAAGAGAGGGGCAGUUGGAGAGGGAAAGCUCCAGGAGAUUGAUAAAGAGAUAAAAGAGCAGGAGACGCUCAUCAAAGGUUACCAGCAGGAGAAUGAGAAGCUGUAUUUGCAGAUGAAGAAUCAGCAGCUGAAGAGCAAAGCCAACGAGGAGGCCAUGUUUGGAGAAAACCAGAGGCUGCUGAGUGAGCUGACUUUCACAAGGGAGCAGCUGCAUACAACCUCUCGGACUGUGGGAAGUGUGUGCGCCAUGGAUCACACUCAACGCAUUACAGACCUCUUAGCUCAACUAAAUGUAUUUCAGAGGAAUGAGGCCAAGUUGUCCGAGGACGCCCACAGACUGAGGCAAGAAAAGCAGGCUCUGGAGGUCGAACUGCAGCUGGUGAAGAAAGAGAGGGACCUCGCUAAAGCUCAGGCUGUGUCUGCCUCGGGGGACAAGACUUUUGAGAUGCGCGUCUUGGAGGACAAGCACAGAGAAGACAUGGCGGCCCUGAAGAAGAAGCUGCAGUGGUUUGCUGAGAACCAGGAGCUGCUGGACCGAGAUGCUGGCAGACUGAAGGCCGCGACAGCGGAGACGCGCCAACUCCAAGAGCAGGUAGAGAGGCUGAAACUGGAAGUGGGCAAAAGAAGCAGUGAGCAGCAGAGGAAGACCAAAGAGAACACCGUGGGCACGAAGAGGAUGCAGGACCUUGAGCGACAGGUGAAGGAGCUGGAGCAGCUACUGAGACGCAGAGACCCAAACUCCCUGCCCGCUCUGAUCUACGCCGCGGCCUCGGCCAGCCGUCAAGAGGGCGUGGCCUCCGAGACGCCCCGCCCCCCACCCGGCAGGGUCAACGCCCUGCUAGAGCGCCGGAUCCAGCGUCUGGAGGCUGAGCUGGAGGGCCACGACGAGGAGGCCAAGCGGGGCCUGCGGGCCAUGGAGCAACAGUUCCACAGGAUCAAGCUCCGCUAUGAGCAGCAGAUCUCCGAGCUGGAGCAGCAGCUGGAGCAGCAGCUGGAGCAGCGGGAGGCAGCGGGGUCCGAGCCGCAGCCGGCUCCGGCUGGAACAUCGGAGGAAGAGCUGCGGCGCGUGGAGGAACGCCAUCGGGAGAGCGAGCGUUCUCUCCAGGACCAGAUCGAGGGCCUCCAGCAGCAGCUCAAGCUCACGGCUGCAACGGGAGCUACCCAGGCCCAACCCAGUCCCGGGCGACACCAGCGCCACGCCGAGGUGGCGUUCGGCGCCCGGAUCGAGCGGCUGAACAAUGACCUCGCCUCCAAGACGCGGAGCGUUCAGGAGCUUUGCCGAACCGUCGAGAGACUGCAGAAGGAGAGGAGGAGCAUGACGCCCGGCCCCGACCCACGACCGGAAACCCGUCCGGCGGUGACGAAGAGGCAACCGGCCAAAACACUCGGCUCUGCUCCCCCGGGAGGAGAGGAGACGUUCCCAGCUGCCCACUGUGAGAAGAGCUACCAGCCCACCGUGUUCACAGGAAGUCACAUCUCGGAGGUCGUGCAGGAGAACGAGGCUCUGAAGCGGCGCGUGGAGCUUCUGCAGCUGCAGAACGAGCAGGAGCGGGAGGCGUUGACAUCUGACGCUCUACGAGCCAAGGAGGAGCUGUGCAGGCUGGAGGGCCACUCUGCAGAGCAGCUGGCCUCCAUGAGAGCGGAGCACCUCAGGGUGCUGGACCAGCUGCGUGCCGCCCACGCCCUGGAACACGCGUCCUCCAAGGUCGCUGAACUGGCCAAUGAGCUCAACGCUCAGGAGAUAACGGUGAGGCAUUUGCGAGACCGGCUGAAAGAGGUGCAGGGAGCUAAAGAGGCCCUGGCGAUAUCCAGGACCCGAGAGGACGCGCUGCAGAAGCAGCUGACCAGACUGCUGAGGGAGCUGAAGGAAGCUAAAGAAGCUCAGAGCCCAGAGGUGAAGCUCAUGUGUGGCCUGGAGAGGAAGAUCGUCAACAUGGAGCUCAGACACCAGCACAGAGAGAAGGAGCUGCAGCAGGUUAUUGGCAGCUCGUGGCAGACGUCGGAGGCCAAUCAGCAGUCGGAGGUGGAGAGCUGGAAGCGUCUGGCUCAGGACAAGAGCAAAGAGUUGGAGGCUUUCCGGCUGGAGCUGGACUCCAUCCUGGACAUCCUGAGACAUCUCCAACGACAGGGACUGGUUCUCCCCCACUCCUCCUGACCCCCCCCCCCCUUCCCCCUGUUCUUCACAGCCCGCCCUCACCCAGAGGAGAUGAUGCACACGCGAGGUUUGACUCGCGUCUACUUUGUGAAUGCGGAAGCUGAUAAUCGUGUAUUGAAGCCAAAGAUGGAGGAGAUGUUCGAGUGAGUUCAGGUGAAGCUUCUUCUGACAGCCGCUGUAAUAUUACUCGAUUACCUUUAAUAUACUCAGAGUUGGGUCUCAGAGGUAGAAGGAGUUAAAGCCACGAGUGUUUCGACUAAAGAACACACACACACACUACUGGUUUCUUUCUUCUUCUUUUUUUAAUGUUUUGUAGCUGCAAUCUAUUUUUUAUGUAAAUUAUUGUAACUUAUUUAAGAUGAAGUGAAAAUUAAAAACAAAAUGUCAAGUCUAAACUGG